AGCUCUGGAGAGAAAAAAAAAGAGAGUCCCAGAGGGCGUGGUAGCAGCUCAAUGGGAAGGACUUUGUGUUUGACUGCAAUGCCAGUAUUUGCCUUUGCUACCUCAGAGGUCAACUUUCACAUUCAGGAAAACGGUCAUGGCCUCUCCCAGCCUCCUUCUGUCCGAGGUGCAGUUUCAGUGUUACAUCUGUCAGGAUAUUUUCUCAGAGCCCGUCUCCAUCCCCUGCGGUCACAGCUUCUGCUUCACCUGCAUCACGUCACGCUGGGAUGACAGCCACGCCGUCAGCUGUCCCAAAUGCCAGACGGUGUUUGAGGGCCGUCCGGAGCUGUGUGAAAACUCCUUCGCCAAGGAAAUGUCGGAACAGAUCCGAGCGAGACGGUGGAACGGUGUGACGUCAGUGGCGGGGAAACCCAUAUGUUGUGAUGUGUGCGUGGGAAAGCAAACCAAGGCUCUGAAGUCCUGCCUGGUGUGUCUAACGUCGUACUGUGAGAGUCACCUGGAGCCCCACCUGAGAGUCGCCACCCUGAAGAUGCACAAGCUGAUCGAACCGGUGGCAAUGCUGCAGAACAGGAUGUGUAAAAGCCACCAGAGGCUCCUGGAGCUGUUCUGCAGGAGCGAUCAGAGGUGCGUUUGUGUGCUGUGCACCGAGAAUGACCACCGCUGUCAUGACACCGUCCCAGUGGAACGAGAAAGCCAGGAGAGGAAGGCUCAGAUGAAAAGGAUCGAGGCUGAUGUUCAGCAGAUGAUCAAGGACAGACUACAGAAAGUGGAGGAGAUCAAACUGUCUGUGGAGCUCAGCAAAGAAAACUCAAAGAGGGACAUAGAGGAAAGCGUGGAGGUUUUCUCUGUUCUGUUUAGAAUGAUGGAGAGGAGUCAAGCUGAGCUGGUGGAGACGAUCCGGAGGAAGCAGGCAGCAGCGGAGCAGAGGGCGGAGAGGCUCAUCGGAGAGCUGGAGCUGGAAAUAAGUGCGCUGCAGAGGAGAAGAAAUGAAAUGGAGCAGCUUCUUCACACUGAAGACCACCUCCAUGUUGUACAGAGGUUUCCAGCUCUCAGCUCUCCUCCAUCUGUCAAACCCUGCUCUGAAAUCAUUGUUCAUUCACACACAUGUCUGGGGGCGAUAAGGAGAGCAGUGGCUGACAUUGAACAGCAACUGCAAUCACUAACCACAAAGCUUUCUAUUAGAGAACAUGAGAAGAUGCAGCAGUAUGCAGAUGAUCUUCAUCUGGACCCCAGGACAGCCAACCCUUGGCUGGUUCUGUCGGAGGAUGGGAAACAGGUUCAGGAUGGAGACGUUGAACAAAACCUGACUGACCUACCAGAGCGUUUUGACACGGCUCCGUGUGUCCUCGCCCUCAGGGGUUUCACCACAGGCAGGCACUACUGGGAGGUGGACGUGGGAGACAAAACGGCGUGGGAUUUGGGCGUAGCUCGAGAGUCGGUCAACAGGAAGGGUUUAGUCACUCUGAGCCCGGAGGACGGUUACUGGACAGUUUGUCUGAGGAAGGGCAGUGAGUACCGGGCGUGUGCAGGACAGGCCGAGCUGCUGUGUGUUUCUCAGAGGCCACAGCUUGUUGGCGUGUUUUUGGACUACGAGGACGGGAUGGUGUCGUUCUAUGACGCAGAGGCCAAGUCACACAUCUAUUCUUUCACUCAGUUCCGGUUCACUGAGGCCAUGUUUCCCUUUUUUAACCCGGAUAUGAGCGACAGCAACAGCAACAAAUCAGCACUAAUCAUCCGGUCUGUCAGUGAAAUCUAUGGAGGCAGGGAUUUAGAAGACAUUACGAUAUGAUGGAAAAUCUAGUGUCAUAAAACUGUUUCUUUUGUAAACCACACAGCAGUAUAACAUUUCAAGCUUAUCAGUCGCAAAGUACAAAUUUGUUUGUUAUUAAAUUAAAUUAAACUUAAGUAGCCAUCAAUAGUAUGAUUAUUUUGGCAACAUUUCAUCCAGAGGUAAAAUAAAAUCUUUAUUUAAAAUCACAAAUGGCUGAUUAAGGAGUGAAAAUGUACAUAAAGUGCAAUAAAUACUUAUUCUUCUUCAAUAAAUUCUGACUUACCUCAAACACUGAUGGUUUCACUAAACAACUUUCAAACACUCCUUACUGGAAUCAUUUGUACAGAGGUUCAAUUAGUGUUUUUCACUGUUAUAUGCUGUUGUCAGUUAUGCUUUACAUCACUAUCUGAGUCAAUAUAUAAUUGCGGGACUUUUUGUAUCAUAGUUGACAUUUUUGCUGUUUUCAAGCCUAAAAUCAACAUGGCCGCCUACAACCAAACAUCACAUGGCAUUUUACAGAAAGAUUCUUCUAAAUAUUAUAAACACAAUUGAGUAAAUUUGAAAUUGAAAGUUAUUUAUGAAGAUAUAUUAGUAAACCUGUUGACAUGUGAUAAAUCCACUACUUUAUAUUAAAUAAGUCAGAAAGCCUUGGAGUCUUGCCAGUCUUUUCUUCAAGAGGAAAUGACAUCACGUGGAGCAGGUCAUGUGAUCUGGAAUUAACACACUUCCUGGAGAGGUGUUUUUGUAAUGGGGAACUUAGUGGAAAGUGAUUUCUCAGACACAAUACAAUUUGUUAUUUUCCAUAUAAAAUUUGAUAUAUUGCCAAAAAAGAAAUAUCUGUCAUGAUUAUCUCAACUUAAUAAAAAGACGGUUAUUUAAUU